AAUGGCUUAAAAGUAUAGACGGUAUUUUUAUGAAAUAAAAUGUUGACUACUUGUGUACCUCCGAAAAAACCCUUAAGACUAUACGAAUCCCAAGCAUAUAAUAUCCGUGAAUGUGAUAGUAUUGAGGUGGAUUCUUUAGACGGAGAUUUAAAACAGGAGGCGUCAGUUAAAGAUACAACAUGGACUCAGCUUAAUUUGAAUAGCCUGUACAAGAGCAAUAAGGAAUAUUACGUGGAUGAAAUAGUGUUCCCUAGUGAAUCUUUACAAUCUCUAUCAGACUUAAAAGUGUUGAGUUUGAGGCAUAAUGACAUUCAGAAUUUUCCGCAAAGUGUCUUAGAGUUGACUACUCUAGUGAGUUUGGAUAUUUCGGAUAACUGUUUGUUGACUUUGCCGCCGGAGAUUGAGCAAUUAGACAAUUUGAAAGAGCUGAUUCUCGACCAAAAUCUCCUGAGCAUUUUACCGGUGACCCUAUGGAACCUGAAGCACUUGGAGAUCUUAACGGUGGCUUCGAAUCGUUUGACGGUACCUCCGGACAAGCCCGCAGAACCGCCGGAGAUGAAAGCAUUGAUUUUAGCGGAGUCUGAGCUUAAUCCGGAGAAUCGCAGGAACGCAUAUAAUAAGCAUUCAAAUGGUCUCACCACUUUAAAUUUAAGAAACAAUAGACUGAAAGGACAUAUUAUCUUAGGAAAUUAUACUAAUUUAACCCAUUUAGACGUAAGCGAAAAUAGCAUAGAAAUUCUAGACCUGGGAGCUGUGGAGCAACUUCAAGUGCUUCGUUGCUCCAGAAACUCAUUGGCCCAACUGACCUUAUACGGCAAAAACCUUGUCUCAGUCAUUGCUGGCAAUAAUAAAUUAAAAACCUUCGCGACCACUCAUCCACCAAUCAAAUUGACUCAUUUUGACGUAUGCUAUAAUGAUCUCCAAACGCUCCCCGAUUGGUUAUCCGGGUGCAGUGACUUGCGUGCAUUGUUCGCUAGUAAUAACUCGCUUACAACCUUGCCAGAUCACCUAUUUUGCAAUGAAAUGCCUUAUUUACAAACGGUGCAGCUUGCCUACAAUCAGCUGCAAUAUUUGCCGAUGAUACAACGUAGAUUACCUAUUGAGGAGCUCUUUUUACAAAAUAACAGCUUGGCUGAGUUACCAGAUGAUUUUUUUAAAUUCGUUGGGGGUGUAAAAGUGUUAAAUGUGUCCAAUAAUAGGCUAGUGGAUUUGCCUUGUCCGGAUAGUAAGUUGGUUUUAGAAAAGCUGUUUUUGACUGCCAACUGUUUGGUUGAUAGGAGUGUAGAGAAAAUUGCACCUUACUUAAGGCACAUUAAAGUUUUACAUAUGGCUUAUAAUAAUCUAACAUCUCUGCCGGAUCGUAGUGCCCUCUACUGGCCAGAUUUAGAAGAACUAGUUUUGUCUGGAAAUAAACUCUCUCACCUGCCAGAGAACAUCUAUCAAAUUAAACAUUUAUCAAUAUUAAGGGUCCAUUCUAAUUUACUACAAAGCAUUCCGAAGCUUUCCGGUUUAAUGAAGCUAAGAGUGCUGGAUCUGGCGCAUAAUCAGUUGGAUCGGAUCGACUUGGGCGCAUUAAUACCUCCCAAUUUAAAGUUUUUGGAUCUGAGCUGCAAUACUAAGCUACAUGUUGAUGGGCAACAGUUUAAUAAUUACAGAACUCAAAGGCCAAUGUCUUUGGUAGACGUUAGCGGAAAAAAUCGCACUUCUUUACCAUUGUCACCUGCACCAUAUUGUGAAGCCGAUUUGACUGAUUCCAGUUGGACUGUUGGAUUUUCCGAAACUUCUGGAGCCAAAUCUAAAUUACACGUCACCCAGAUAAGGCUGCCAGCAUUUUGUAAUACCGAGGCUCUAUUUGGAAUAUUUGAUGGUGAAAAUAAUGGAAAUAGUUUAACGGGGGUAGACAAGGUGUUGCCACGUUUGCUUUUGGAAGAAAGAACUGUCAAAGAGACCGCUCACGAGUACAUGAAAUAUACCAUGUUGUCCACUUAUAGGCAUUUGAAGUCUAAAGGAUUAAGACAUGGUAUUAAUGGGUUACUAAUCCACAUCUUGAAGCCCAAGCCAACAAGCAGCAACGACUUUAACUUCUCUGAAAAUCUAAAAAAGUAUAUAAUGCGUAUCGCUACCAUUGGUGACAUGAAGGUUGUCUUAGGCAAGUGUGGUGGUGAAAUACGGCUUUUACCAACUAAAGCCAGGAGGCAUAUACGUACUAAUCCUGCUUUACAAGUGACAAUUCCGGAUCCCGAGGUGGCCGAAAUCAACUUGGAAGAGCAGGACGAGUAUAUGAUUCUGGCAAAUAAGAAUCUCUGGGAUGUAAUGACUCCCGAAAACGCCAUCAAGGAGGUCACACUUCAGAGAAACGUAAUUUUGGCUGCUAAAAGGUUGCAGGAUUUGGCUCAAAGCUAUGGUGCAGAAGAGAACUUAAGUAUAAUAGUAGUAAAAUUCAACCUUUUGAGUUCAGACGUAGAUUUGCUUAUGCGCGAACUAAGGCAAACCAUUCGAAAAAAUAAGUAUCAUAGUGGAAGCGCCAACUCGAUUUGCCAGCCCGGAUGUUGCUGUGAUGCGUUAAAUGCAGAUUGCAUAGAGAGGAUACCAAUGCCGCCUCCUAUGAUGAUGGGAGACGAUAGAUCCUCACCAAGUGGUCAAAGCGAGCACGCUUGUAGCGACUGUAAUUCCGCUUCAAAAAUGUUUAUUAGUCAGUUGGCAAAACAGUCAGAAAACAGGCUAUUUAGAAGCGUGACUCCAUCUUUAUUUGAAGCUGUAGAGGUAAAAAUUAAUCCAGAAAGAAGAAGUUACAGAGGGGUGGCGAAAGCUCUAAAACAACGCAAAGAAGACGAAAAAAAUAAAGAAGUCGACUCAGACUCGGCGCUUUCUGAAGAACAAUUCAAAUGUUGGGAAUACAUGUUGGAACAGAACACCCAACUCUUGUUUGAUAAGGAACUGAAUACUCUUAACCGGGGUUCAAAAAACCAACAUUUCCGAGUAAAAACUCCCAGUUUAAGUAGGAGCAGCCCCCAUUUAGCCUCUUCUGACAGCAAUAAUAACAGUAAUUCACCCAUAGCAGGUCAAUUUCUAUCAAAACAGUUCGGCAGCUCACGUUCGUUUAACGCCACACCCAUCCCUCACUACCUUUCGAAGGGUUCUCGUCUAGGAUUAGACGCACAUCGCAAGCAUGCCGCAUUGAUUGGUGGACCUAAUGCAGCAUAUUUUGGUAGCUUACAACGACUAAUGCCGUAUAAUUUGGAAUAUGAUUUCGCAUUGAUGCACGAGAGGGGACUGGUGGACUCUAUAGACUUGGACCGGAUGCAACAGUAUUGGGGCGUGGCAACCACUGAGUUGUAGUUAAGAACGAUUGUAAAGUGUAAAGGAUGUACCAAGGUUUUUAGAUUUUUAUUUAGUGUUUUUUUUUAACCAUUUGUGCAUUGUUGAUUGAUUGGUUUUCUAUUUUUUCUUUGUAAUACAACCUUAUUUAUGUAAUUUAGUAUUUUGUAAAAUUUUCGUCGAUAUGUUAAAUAAUUAAAUCAU